UCAAAUUUGGUAAAACAAACUCAAUAUUUCAAGAGCACUGGUGAAUACGAGACGAUGGUUCCUUAAUAAUUAACGUCACGAAGCAGCAGUCCUUAAAGCGCCACCGUACUCCGCUCCGGAGCCACAGGUUGCCAACCCCUGGAGGAGGCAAUGGCUCCGGGUGGUUAUUGUUUAUUGCAAAGAUUACGGCGAGCCGUUAUUGGCGAAUGCUUUCAUUGGUUACUGUUGUCAGAAUGCGAUGUACUGGCAAACCCUGUGUAAUGCAAUCUACUGCUGUGUAAGUUCAUUAAAAUAAUGCAUUUAAGAUAUCAAAUGAUAAAAAGCAGGCAUUGCAAGGGGCUUUCGCAGCACGUGGCAGUGGCGUGGUGUGUAAUAUAAUUUGCAGUUGUGUGCAGUGGUUGUUGACUGAAUAUGCAUGAUGACCAUGUGUGUGCUGACUAUAUUCUGACUGUGACUGUUCUGACAGUAUGUGCAUGUGUGCUGAAUGUGCUACGUGAAUGUAUGUUUGCCUAACUGGGAAUGUGUGUGCGUGUCAAAUGUGUGCGCUGACCAGAGUUGCAACAUGCGUCUCUUAGCCACAUCUAAAGCUCCUACUGUGAGUGUCAUGAGUCCGAACACCCAUGACAUCUACAGUUGUAACUGUGCCACUGCUGAUCGCAGCCAAAAAGCGUUAUUUUAUCAAAGUGCACCUCACGGUCACAAGUUUCCAGCCUCGCAAACUAAAUGUCAAAAUGCCCAAACAAAGAUCCAGGUGGACAAACCCGCAUCGUCUGUGUUGAUAAUUUAAAUCAUAUAUAAUGUGUAAAGCAAAAAGGGUAAUGUUUAUAAAUACUUGAGAAAAUAUGCAGUGUACAUUUUUUAAAAAUAGUUUUAAAGAAACAGCUGACUUGUGAUAAUGUGAAUGUAAAUCUUGACUUAAAGCUUUCGUGACUGCAGGAAUUCAUAUUCGUUGGGUCUUUCGGUAAAGUCACGUAGAUAGGUUAUUUUGUUACUUUAUUUGAAACUAUCUACGCGACUUUACCGAAAGACCCAAAGAAUAUGAAAAUGUGAACGUAUUGUAGAGCUGUAAAAUUCUUACGGUGAAAUUGCGUGGAUGUUCCAUGAAAAGCGAUAAUUGUAAAGUUUGUAUUUACCACUUUGGCACACCUUAUCAAAAUACAAAAGUAUGCGAGUACAAGUGCUGCAUGUAAAAUUGUACAUGUCAUUCUAGCUUCAUGUUGGUUGUAUGUUCAAUACUUUUUACAGGGAUAAUUACCCUGAAUGUCAACACCCAUAGCCAGCAAUCAAGACAUAAAUAAUUCACAUGCCUAUUUACAAGGGGGCACAAUAGUAACUGUUCACCUGCCAUAUGUUGCCCAGGUCGACAGCGUAUAACCUUCCACAAACCUCACCGGUCAUAGAAGGCAUUCUCCAGGAGCAUGUCGAUUUACUGCUCUCGUACGCAGAGGGAGUUGAAAACCGCUUGCUGCCGCUUACCAACAUCUCCAGCCGCCGCUUGAGAGAGCUGCUAAAAAGGGGGGGCCCUUUGUGAGUUGACUUCGAAGGCGGCAAGAACGAUGCGCGUAGAUGAGGGGGAUGCCCUCGCUUCGCGAGGUGGCGAGGGAACGGGGGCCGUGCCUGCGACCUUCGGCCGCUGCAAGCCAAAGGUGAAGCACAAAGCGGCAUCGCGUGCCAAUGGGGCCAGUCCGCUCGCCCGUCUGCGGAAUGAGGGUGCGGUCACACCUCCGCGUGGUGAUUUGCAGCGAGUGGUAAUAAAUGUGUCCGGAGAACGGUUUGAGACGCAGUUGAAGACGCUGGACCAGUUCCCAGACUCGCUCCUGGGCCACCCGGACAAGCGAGCGCGAUAUUUUGACCCACUCCAAAACGAGUACUUUUUUGACAGAAGCCACGUCAAUUUUGAUGCCAUCCUCUUCUACUACCAGUCUGGGGGAAGGCUUUGCAAGCCUGUUGACGUGCCUUCGGAUGUCUUCAGAGAGGAGGUAGAAUUCUACGAACUCGGAGAAGAAGCCGUUGCAAAGUACGGAGAGAAUACACUCGACACCCCUGAAGAGGAAAACGUGCACGGAAAAGACUUUCAGCAGCACGUAUGGCGCUUGUUUGAAUCGCGAGACGGUUCCAUCGCUGCAAAGAUGUUAUCCCUCAUGUCGUUUGUGACGACUAUACUGUCGAUUACGGUCAUGUGUUUGGAGACACUGCCACAAUUUCGCAAAGAUAAUCAAGUCCAUGCCAAUCGUACCGAGUUCAGCAUUCGAACAAGUAUCUACAAUCUCGAUCCUUUCUUCAUGUUGGAAACGGCGUGUGUUGUUUGGUUCAUAUUUGAGCUUGCCGUUCGCUUUUACGCCUGUCCAAGCAAGACGUCCUUUAUGAAGGAUUUCAUGAAUGCGAUCGACAUCCUGGCAAUAAUGCCAUAUUUCAUCACGGUUGUCUUGGAGAUCAUGCAACAGCAAGAUCAGACCCGGCAACCUUUGCUGAAGAUCAUACGCCUCGUAAGGGUCUUGCGAAUAUUCAAACUGUCUCGUCACUGCCAAGAUCUGCAAAUCCUUGGGCUGACGCUGAAGGCCAGCCUGCGGGAGUUGGCCAUGCUAAGCUUUUUCCUCUUCGUCGCUGUGGUAAUAUUCUCCGGUGCGAUCUACUACGUGGAAGCUGACGACCCGCAGAAACACUUCAGCAGCAUCCCAGACGCCUUCUGGUGGGCGGUGGUCACAAUGACGUUGGUUGGCUACGGAGAUAUGUGGCCCAUGACGGUGGGAGGCAAGAUCGUGGGUGCGCUAUGUGCUAUCACUGGAGUGCUCACCAUCUCUCUACCAGUACCCGUCAUUGUUUCGAACUUCAAAUACUUCUAUAAUCUAAAAAACAAGGACAUUAAGAGAUGUCGUCGUUGCUAAAGCCACCUCACCCGCUACGCGUGACCUCCAACAUCUAUUGCGACAGUCUCCCACAUCUGGUCUCAUGAGGUCUUCCCCUUAGUCACCAGUCUCGUGGAGAUCAGCCCUCCUCCAUCUCGCACACGUGCAAGUUAUGCAAUCUACUGGUGCUUUUGUGUUCUUGGCUUGAGAUAUAUUUAAAGAUCAGCCUUUCCUGGAUCUCUCUCUUUUACCUUCACUUCUCGAGUUUGUGCACACUCUAAAAUACCUUACAUUUUACAUAAUAGACGGACACUCUAACAUCUAAAUAAUUCCGUCAGUCCUUUGAUGCUGUCCUAACCACGUCACACCUCCUGUCGUGCUUUCUACUUCCCUCCAUUCUUGUUCCUGCAUCACACUUUUCUUGAUAUUGCAGCGAAAGUCAAUACUAUGUAGUAAACAUACUGGGCUACACGGAAUGUAACCGUUCCCCCCCAGUAAUUAUUUAAUGUAAUGUUUUACUUGCUUGUAUUGUCUUAUACGUUAUUUUCUCUCAAAUAAUCUAAAGGUGCACAUUAGCAUAUAAUCCAUAUACAAUUUGUAUUUAAUGUUCAUUGAUUAAAAAGUGCAUUAAACACGUAUGUACUAUUAAGAAGGGCCAUUGCUUGAAACGUCGCCUUUUAUAUAUUUUUUUCAUUUUAGGGCGAUAGUGUUGAGUUUUAUUCAUGAAUCAAAGAAUUGUCACAUGCCUAAUCAUGUACGUACACUUAUAUAUGAUGCUGCUGCCAUUGCAGUAAGUAAAGUAUAGGUAUUUGUAGACUACCCUGGCCGUAGUGGACUGCACUGAUCUGCACUCAGGGCCUGGCGUGAACGGAUUUAAAACCGUGACACCAGAGUUGGCUGUGCUCGGAAACGGAGGACACUCCGACCUCCCCCGGUGGCAGCAUAGUCCCGAGCGGUCUUUCAAAUGCUCCCAUCUGAACGUAUCAGACCAAUUUAUAACAUCACGGAUCUACUUUUAAUAAAGGGAGAGUAGCAAUGCAAGAAUGGACCAAAAGCAGCGUGGGCCAAGGCAUGCAGUGAACAUGGCCAAUAAACAAGGUCAUUAGAUCAUACAAAAACAACAACACAUACCAAUAUAUAACAGGUGACAUUUCGGGCAAUUAUAUAAGUUGCCCAUUUAUUAUUUGUAUUUCAAGGCACUGUUAUUGACGAAUGUGAGUUUUACGUUAAUUGCGUUUGUGUGCCACGACUAACGCAGCCUUACGAAAUAAUUGAAAUAGAAUAAUCACAUUAGAUUAAUACAUUGGUUUUUGCAUGCUGCCUGAUUUCCAUUGCAUAAUCAUUACCUUUAGUGCUAUAUGCAGUGUUUGCAUGAAAAUAAUAACACUUGAAAUUUGGUCUACGUAUUAAAAUCGUGGUUUGUACGCUAAAAUAUGUAAAGUGUGCAGAGUUUUAGCAUCAUGGCAAUGAGCAAUAGAUAUUCAAAAUUACUCACUAGACAGAUAAUAUAUUUCGAUUUAAAGCUUUCGUGACUGCAAUGAUUCAUCUUCUUUGGUUCUUUCGGUAAAGUCACGUAGAAUGAGAAUAAAAUAAUAAAUUGA